UUUAAAACCAGGGAGAGACGGAGUGUUGACUCCAGAGCCUUCCAUCCUCCCUAAUUGAAGCUAUUAGCUAUCAAAAUCAACUCUCCCUGAAGUAUUCCAGACUAUAGAUCGAUUUAUAAAAAAAAAAAUGACACAAAUUUGAUUUAAGUAGAAUCUCUUCUUAUGUUUGCAUUGGGGUCUUUCCCUCAACCAUCUGGAUGAGUGUUGCAUGUACCCUUUUUUCCAGGACUGAAAAUUAUCACCAAUUGAUGAAAAAAAAACCUUUGUCUCCUCUUCACAUCGUCACUAAGAAGUGACACGUACUGUUCCCUGUAGGAAACACCCGCAGAACUUUCUCAGAAUGGCUCUCAACAUCCCGGGUCUAGUGGUAAUGGCAUUGUUCUACAUCGUGAUUUUGGGUACAGGCAUUUGGGCAUCCAUGCGCUCCAAGAGGGUGGAGAAAAAAUGCACAGGAGGCGGCAUGGAGAUAACACUCUUGGCUGGACGCAACAUUAACUUGCUUGUUGGGAUUUUCACUCUUACUGCAACGUGGGUGGGUGGAGGUUUCAUUCUAGGGAUUGCUGAGGCAACAUACAACCCAACACUUGGUGCAGUUUGGGCACUCAUGCCUGUGCCUUAUGUCGUGACCUUCUUCUUAGGUGGCUUCUUCUUUGCCAAGCCUAUGAGAGAGAACAAGUACAUGACAAUGAUGGAUCCUUUCCAGAAGAAAUACGGGAACGUCCUGAGCAGUGCACUCAUCUUUCCUGCGCUUGUGGCCGAUGUGCUUUGGGUGGCACGCACACUUGUCAGCCUGGGUGGGACCAUGAGGGUGAUCCUGGACCUGCCUUAUGUCUACUCCAUCAUCAUCUCUGCAGUGGUGGCCAUCGUCUACACCCUGCUGGGAGGGCUGUACUCUGUGGCCUACACUGAUGUCAUCCAGCUUAUCCUCAUUUUUGUUAGCCUGUGGGUGUGUGUUCCCUUUCUGUUGACCAAUCCUCACUCCAUGGACAUUUCGCUCACAGCGUACAACCAGACUUUCCAGGCCCCCUGGGUGGGCACAGUGGAGCUCAAUGAGGCCGGCAAGUGGUUUGACGACUUCAUGCUGCUGGCUCUGGGCGGAUUGGCCUACCAGGCGUUCUACCAAAGAAUCCUUUCCUCCUCAUCUUACACCCAGGCUCAAGUGACCUGCUUUGCUUCAGCAGCCUUCUGCCUGGUGCUGGGUAUCCCAUCUAUCCUGGUUGGGGCUGUGGCUGCAUCUACAGACUGGAACUCAACUACAUAUGGAUUGCCCAGCCCGUAUGAGCGCAAUGAAGCGGGAUCCAUUCUCCCUAUUGCAUUGCACUUCCUCACACCCACCUAUGUGUCCGUCAUUGGCAUUGGAGCUGUUGCUGCUGCUGUCAUGUCCUCCAUGGACUCCGCCCUACUCUCCUCGGCUUCGUUGUUCUCUUCAAAUAUUUACAAGAACAUCAUCAGGAAGCAAGCCUCAGACAACGAGAUGCAGUGGGUGAUCCGGAUCUCAGUGGUAGUGGUGGGUCUAGCUGGCACUGGCCUCACCUUCUUGGACAGCAGCGUCUUGGUCUUCUGGAUCGUGGGCGUAGACAUGUCCUACACCAUAAUGUUUCCUCAGCUGGUCUGCGUCCUCUUCUUUAAGGUGUCCAAUGGUUAUGGAGUCUGUGUGGGCUACAUCCUGGGCUUCGUCAUGAGGGUCCUGAGUGGCGAGCCACUCAUAGGCCUACCACCCGCCAUCAGAUUCCCUGGCUGUCGGUUGGACAAGGAGGGGAAAUUGACCCAGUUCUUCCCCUUCCGCACAACUAUAAUGCUCAUGUCAUUGCUGUCCAUUUUACUCUUUUCUUGGUUGGCAUCCCAAAUUUUCAACAGAGGCCUUCUGUCAAACAAGUGGGAUGUGUUUGACAUCAAACGCAUGGAAGCGCAGACGGCUAGGGCUUCAGAUAGUAAACUCUCAGAAAGCAAAGAGGAUGGCCCUGCAGCCAAGCAGCUGCUGAACACCACCAGUUUGUAAAGAGGCUGAGGUCUGUGUGCCAUAGAGGGGGAACAAUAAAAAUAGAUUCCGCAAAAUGCACAAUUUCUGUAAGUUCAGAUAUCGUAAGUUUAUAAUGAACACUUAUGGUGAUAUGUCACUGGAAUGAAGGCACUCCAGAUAUUAAGAUCAGUUUUAAACAGAAAGCCAUUUGAAACAUAAUUUAUAUAAAAGUAUAAAACUCUUUUUUUAUUGUUAAAUUUUAAUACAGAAAAAGCUCUUUGCUUUAUACCUACCAAAGAAAAGAGUUGCCUAUUUUUGAUAUGUUUAAACAAGAUUACAAGUUUACUGUAUGGACUGUUUAUUAAAAAAAACAAGCACUGUCUGAAAAACAAACAAAAAAAACACUGCAACACACAGAUACAGUGUUGCAGUUAUUGCAUUUUCUCUGCUUGUGAAAUCUAAAGAGGAUUAAAAAAACAAGAAACCGCCUCAGUUUCAUAGCAGAAGAAACAUGUUUACACAAAUCCACAGUAAAUAAAUCCACAGCCUCAUGAGAGAGGUGGUUUAAAACAAUAAUGUUGUUUAUUAUUUGUAUUGCAGAAUCUAAUACAUUUCAAGAAUAAAAUCUUAUUAAUCAGUUUCCAA